UUGUACUAUCGAACUGACUCUGAUGUCAUGUAGCUAAUAUUGCACACGUUUUGUGAAAAAUGUAACAUUUAAAAGUAGGAUUGUUGUUUGUCUGGAUGAUGCUGAUGUUGUUCCUGUUGCUGUCGUUAUUGCUGUUUGUUGUCCACAAAAUUAUGUCUACUGCUGUUUCUUGAAAACUGUAGGGUAUGUCAUAUGACUGCAGCAUGUAGCCUCAACGUUGCAAAAAUUGGUUAUGGUUAACAUUUUGUUUCAAGACAAGAACUGUGGUGUGUGGUCCUUGUUUCAGAAAAGUAGCCUAAUAAUCAUUAACAUAUAGCCUAGCCUAAUAAUAAUUCCAAUAAGGUUAGGUCAUGUUCUUAAAAAGAAGUCUAAGUAGAUAAAUGAAACGCUACCAUGAAUAAUAAAUUAGAAAUACAGUCUUUAUUUUAAAGCUUCUUAUCUAUAGGACGAUUAUCGUCGGAUGACUGCUAAAGUGCAUAAUGAGAUACAUGCCGUCACCUGCAGGACAACCGCAAAAUUACACCACAACUUAAAACAGGUUAUAUCCUUCGUACAAUAUGCGGUAGACUAUUCAAUUUGACUUUAAAAUCAUUCAGAUUUUUUUAUUUAAUUUUAUUUCAUUUGAUCUAUUUAUUUUAUUUUAGCACGUUAUAAACACGACUCCUAAUGCAAGCACAGCGUAGAAAUCUUCCCAAACGCUUUGAAGAGCUAAUAUAUCAUUAUCGGGAAAGGGGAUCUAUGUGGUGUUUAAAUUAUAUAUAAUCUAUGAAAAUAAACGAGUACAAUUCAUAAGAGAUGUGCAUAAUUUAAAUCUUCUAUUGUGAAUGAAUGACGAGGUAAAUAGAGGUACAUCUAAACCACCACUAGAUGGUGAUCUACUUUAAUGGCUGCACAAGCAAAGGUUCCAAACCAGUUUUUGCAGUGAUGCCAUAGAAGAGCCUUUUUUUUUCCCCCCAAAGAACCUUUCAGUGAACACUUCUUAAUAGAACAAUUUUUUUUUCUUGAGUGAAGAAACAUUUUAAUAAUUUAAAAAGAACCUUUUCCUACUAUAAAUAACUUUUUGUGAAAUGGAAAGGUUCCAUGGAUUUAUGUUCACUUGUUCAAGCUAUUGUAACAUACUGAAAUGUGAAGUAAAACGGCAAGGAAUCUAUCUAGAUCCUAUAGGAUACAGCUCAAAAACGUUAAUUUUCACAGCAUUGCCAGCAGAGAAUAGUCUUGUGUCAGGUUGUCGGAAACAUCUAAUAGCCUACCAGAAUGUUUAGGCUUCUUGUGUUGCCAUGUCACAACUUACAUGUUGACUUUCGGAAGAAUAAAUAGCCUAAAAUACACAUAAAAUAUAAAAAGGACUAUGUUUGAAAUUAUUAUUUCAUAUUAUAUCAAAAUUAUACAUUAUUAUUAGGUAUUAUUAUCGUUUUUUUUCUGUUUGAGUUUUAGGUAGCAACGUUUUCGCGCCACAUUUCAAAGUUAAACCAUAGCUGCUUUAUCUCUACCACAUUUCCAUAAUUAUAGAGGCUAAGCAAAAUGAAUCCGAAGUUCAACCAAAGACAAAACAAUGUCUGGUUUCUAGAUAAUGAGCUUUUCUGUAACGAAUCACGACCUCAAGAUCAUUGGAACUAUCUUCGUGCGUUAGCCUAUUCGAUGAGCACCGGACAUCUUAAUCUUAAGGUGCUGAACUAGAGCGGAAACUUAAGCGAAUAUCUCAAGGACUCCACCUAGUUGUUUGUCAUCUUAUCGAAGUAGGCCUAAACGAGGUUUUAUAUUAUGCAGAAUGAGAGAAGACAAGUUGUUUUUAAGUCGAAUUUUAACAAUAGGCUACAAUAGCACAUAUAGCGCAGUGUAGGCCUACUCGUUAAUUGCGAGGUUUUCAUUACUAAAUGAUUGUUUCUAUCCAUUAGGUUACAAUGUUACAAAAAGCGUUUUCACUCAAAAGUGCUUGACCAAGGGCCAGCUUUGUCUCCGCUUAGCCCUUUUCAUCAUCAUAAGCUCCUGCUGUUAUUCCUGCGGUACCUCAGCUUGUCAAGGAAACAGACAGAACACAGGAAGUUCUAUGAAAUUUAGUCUCGUUUCUUAUUUUAUUUUAUAGUUUAGUAUCUAUUCAGAGACAUUUUCUCUUAUACUCUAAGAAACUGUAAUUUCCAAGUGAAUGUGCUUAAUCCCUAUUCUAGGUUAUAUUAGGCUAUAGAUACAUUUUCCCUCUGAAGCCAUAUUUAUUAGUCAGAAUAUUUGACACAUCAGUUAGUCAGUUUUAUUUAUUCCCGUAGGGAAAGUAUUUGUAGCACAAUCACACAGAAAUCAAAGAAUCAUAGUUGGCAUAUUAGCUACAAACAACAAGUAAAUUAAGUGCAUUUACAAGUAAGUGCAUUUAAUUUCACCAUAAAUUAACACUAUUACAAGAAGAAGAUACAAAUUUAAUUUUAAUGACUUCACGCGCACAGUUCAACAGGCUAACUUCACACACACACACACACACACACACACACACACACGCACGCACACACACACACACACACACACACACAGAGAGAGACACACACACACACACACACACAGAGAUCAACAUAUUUAACCUUACCAUUUCCAUAUGAUUUUGUUAUAUAAUAUACUAUAAUAAUUAGCGAUGAUCAUGCGCCAUAUGUUAAAAUUAGAUAGGCCUAAUGAGCGUACAUACAUAACCGAAUAACGUAAACCCUUGUUUAUUUUCCUUAGGCCUAUAUUCCUUAUUAUUUUAAUUGGGCGCUAUAGACCCAAGAUUCAGAUGGUAUUCUUUGGUAGGUUAUAAUUUUAUUUCCUUGUUGGUUGUUUAUUUCAAACCUUUAGUUGCAUUUGUCUUUGAAUCUACUGAAUCCAUUAGACAUUGUGGAGCGUGUUUUGUGUGCAGGUCACGGUGCAUUGUUUCAGCAGAUACAAUUUUUCUACCGCAGAGUCGUUACCCUCUGAAUGACCCCAUCGCGUGCUCGCCUCCAGUCUGAUGGUUUAGGUAGUCCCGCCUUUAACCAGAGGGUGGCGCGCGGCUACAAUCUUAGGCAGAGCAAACAACAGCUAGUUCGGCGAAACUCUUGUUGCGCGCUCCCGUGUCCAAACAAUUCCACCCUGAUUUCCUGCUUACGCGUGAGUUUACCGCUGGAGGUCACGGAAUAGGAUUUACGACUGGUCAACAAAAACACGUGACUCUAAGCCGUACCCCAUAUUUGGGAGCCUACGUAAGGGAGCAUUAAGUCUGUGUCUCACUCAUUUCCAUAAUUCAUCAUAAAUUGUGCAAGGGUGCAAUAGAAGCUCAAAACCAUCAAGAGAUACAAAUCAAACACACGGCAGCAUAGUUCUCUACAUAAAGGUAGUUGAAGUAACUAAAAAUAAUUAUAAGGUAAUUGUCAACCAAUGAGCUCUUAUUUUGUGAACUCAUUUUGCGGUCGCUAUCCAAAUGGCGCGGACUAUCCCUUACAUAACUAUGGAGACCACAGCUCUAGUGGCCAAUGCAGAGAUUCUUCGGGCAUGCAUUCGGGCAGGUAUGCUUAUGGCUACAAUGGAAUGGAUCUCAGCACCGGGCGCUCUACCACCGGACACUUUCUCUCAUCUGGUGAGCGAACUCAAAGCUACACAGACAGUCCAACUGCGACGCCUGUCCGGUACAGUCAACCGGUUACCGCGAGCAGCGCUGAGACUUCCUCUGACCCUCUCCCCUGCUCAUCCUUAGCCAACUCUCCUGUCAGCGAGCAGUCACACCGCGCCCUGAAAACCUCACUACCGAGCACCGCUGGCUCUGCGACCAACAGCGUCGGGACGGUUCUCAAUCGCGAGGACGUCUCUAAAGCGUCCAGCAUUAUGGAGGAAGAAAAGCCGCCGGGAAGUGCGCAGACAGCCUCACAGAAUGUAUCCGAGGCGCCGCAGAUUUAUCCAUGGAUGCGAAAACUUCAUAUAAGUCAUGACAGUUUGGCCGGACCGGAGGGGAAAAGGCCCAGGACAGCCUACACACGCUUCCAGACACUUGAGCUUGAGAAGGAGUUCCACUUCAACCGGUACCUGACACGUCGCCGACGGAUUGAGAUUGCACACACGCUCUGUCUCUCAGAGAGACAAAUCAAAAUAUGGUUUCAAAACCGCAGAAUGAAAUGGAAAAAGGACAACAAAUUGAAGAGUAUGAAUAUGGCGGCUGCAGGAAGCGGAUACCGUCCCUGAAAAUGUGUUUAUAUUGUAAAUGUGCAUAUAUAGACUAAAUCUGUUAGUGUUUCAAUGUGUGUGUGUGUGUGUGUGUGUGUGUGUGUGUGUGUGUGUAUGUGUGUGUGUAUGUAUGUAUGCGCGGGUGCGCGUCUGUUUCCUUAAAGUGUGCUUUACAAGAGGAUGAAGGUUUUUCCCAUUUCACAAAGAACUUUCCACUGGUCGUGAGAGUUUUGCGCCCUGUGUGCGGCCUUUGUCAGAAUAAUAAUAGUAAUGAUAAUAAAAACAAUUUCCCUCUGUGUUUUCAUGUAAUGUUGCUAAUGUGGAUACAUCUUUGCAUUGUCUUAGAAAAGCCACAUGAAGGUGUCAGUUAAUAUAACACGUUUUGACGAAAAAUGCUUUGUUUCUAAGGUGCAAUGGGUAAGGCAACCUGUAAAAGUAUUUAACUCUUGCUAAAUGAAGCAUAACUUAAAUACGUUUUUGUUGUUUUUUAAUGUUUCCUGGUUUGUAAAUAUGAAUUGAUAUAUUUUAUGUAUUUAUAUUAAUUCGAUAUCAAAUAUCGAUUGUAUUUAAUUCAUUGUAAAGCUGAAGUAGAAGACCUGUUUUUUUUUCGUGUUGUACUGUCAUCUUUGUGUAAGUGUUGAUAAAAUCAUUAUGUUCAGACUUGUCCGUAUAUUUGUCGUGUCCUCAUUUUUAUACUUGAAUAUGUUUGUGUGUUUUACUCAAAUGUUCAACUCGAAUUAUUUAAUUUACCUUCUCGUGAAAUUUGAAUGAUAACUGGAAGUGCAGAAAACAGUGUGGCCAACGAUAAAUGCAAUGUUCAUAAAAAUAAAGUUUUUACCUAAAAUAUUAA